GCGCAGUGUAAGAUUGCAUCUGCUUGCAAAGAAGCAUUUAUGCUGCUUGGUAACCGACUAGCUUGCAGAGAGAAAAGAGCCGGGGCAGCUUCUUGACGUCAGGACUAACUGGGAGUCGCUCCGGCAACCCCAGCGGGGAGCAUUCGUAGAGAUUCGGGCGGCCAGGCAGGAGGUUAGCAGAGGGCUUGGAGAGGGCACAGGGAGAGAGUGUGACGGAGGAGCCAAGAGGCGGGGGCGCAGCAUGCCCCUGCCCCUGGCCCAUGGAGAUUGCCUUGGUCACCCUGAAGAACGGAGGCACCACGGCCAUCGGGAAAGGAGAGCAGGCUGGGGGAAGCAGCGGCCCCAAGCCGGAGGAAGAGCUCUUGCGUCCCCCGACGGGGCAACUCAACGACGGAGCCAAGGAGGGGACGCCGAGGAGGUCCGGACGUGGCCGUGUUGGGGGAGGCGAGGGCCGAGGUGGACGUCCCUUACCUGAGCUUCCUCAGGCAGUGCGACAGCAACCUGGACAGGGGGAAGAAGAAGGAGAAACAAGCUCCACUCUGGGUAUGUCGGAGGGUGAAGGUUUAGGGUCAUCUGCCCUCCAUCAUCAGCGCGUCCUUAUCAACAUCUCGGGCCUCCGUUUCGAGACUCAGCUGGGCACCCUGGCUCAGUUCCCGGACACUCUCUUGGGGGACCCUGCCAAGCGUCUGCAUUACUUUGAUCCCCUGCGCAAUGAGUAUUUCUUCGAUCGCAACCGACCCAGCUUUGAUGGCAUCCUCUACUACUACCAGUCGGGAGGCAGGCUGCGGAGGCCAGUCAAUGUCUCUUUGGACGUGUUUGCUGAUGAGAUCCGCUUCUACCAACUAGGCGACGAGGCCAUGGAGAGGUUCAGGGAGGAUGAGGGCUUCAUCAAAGAAGAGGAGAAGCCACUGCCCCGGAAUGAGUUCCAGAGGCAGGUCUGGCUCAUCUUUGAGUACCCAGAGAGUUCUGGCUCAGCCCGGGGCAUAGCCAUUGUCUCCGUUUUGGUCAUCCUCAUCUCCAUCAUCACCUUCUGUCUUGAGACCUUGCCUGAGUUCCGGGAUGAACGGGAGCUGCUUCAUCAUCCCCAGCUGCCCCAACAGCCUCCAGCUCACCCCCAGAGCGCUAAUGCCAGCCGAGGUGGUGGUCAGGACCUGCAUCUUCUGCUUCAGGGGCCCACAGUGGCCCCUAUGAUGCCUAGGACCCUGGCAGACCCAUUCUUCAUUGUAGAGACCACGUGUGUAGUGUGGUUCACCUUUGAGCUUCUGGUACGCUUCUUUGCUUGCCCCAGCAAAGCAGAAUUCUCUCGCAACAUCAUGAACAUCAUCGACGUGGUUGCAAUUUUUCCUUACUUCAUCACCCUGGGCACUGAGCUUGCAGAGCAACAGCCAGGGGGAGUAGGAGGAGGCAGCAGUCCCAACGGACAGCAGGCUAUGUCCUUGGCCAUCCUGCGGGUCAUCCGCUUGGUCCGGGUCUUCCGUAUCUUCAAACUCUCUCGCCAUUCUAAGGGCCUCCAAAUCCUGGGCAAGACCUUGCAGGCCUCCAUGCGGGAGCUGGGGCUCCUCAUCUUCUUCCUCUUCAUUGGAGUCAUCCUCUUCUCCAGUGCUGUCUACUUUGCAGAGGCAGACAACCAUGAGACCCACUUCUCCAGCAUCCCAGAUGCCUUCUGGUGGGCAGUGGUCACCAUGACUACAGUGGGAUAUGGGGACAUGAGACCAGUGACGGUAGGGGGCAAGAUUGUAGGAUCUUUGUGUGCCAUAGCAGGUGUCCUCACCAUAGCUCUGCCUGUGCCUGUCAUUGUCUCCAACUUCAAUUACUUCUAUCAUAGAGAGACAGACAAUGAAGAAAGGGCAGCCCUCAAGGAAGAACCAGCCAGCACCACAGGCCAGGGCUCAAUACAGGACAGUGUGAAUCAGCUGAAGUCUAGUGGGAGCAAAGAGUCCUUUACUAAAAUCCCAGAAAACGUGGAAGGGGCCCAGAGAGAAAGCUGUGCCCCGGAAAAAUGUAAUCUGAAAGUCAAAAGCAAUGUAGACAUAAGGAAAUCCCUCUAUGCCCUUUGCCUGGAUACAAGCCAGGAAACAGAUCUGUAGAAGAGACCAAGAGAGCCAGGUGGGGAUGUAAGAGGGGAAAGCAGAAGGAGGGGUCUUGAAAGUGGAAAUCUUGUACCACUGAGUAUAAUACAAAGACUAUUCUCCAACCUGAUUUUCUCCCUCAUUCCUUCUCCCCCUCUUUUCCCUUUUCUUUUUUUUUUCCAUGAUACCAAAGGGUCACUUAUUUUUAAAAAGUACCACAUUCCAUGACGCAGGAAACUGUUGAAAUGGUGAGUGCAGUAAGAUGUAGGUAUUUGCAGUCCUGGUCACUUUUAGCCAUUAGUGGGAAAACCUAGACAGGAAUCUUUGGAAAAAACAAUAACCAACAAGCAAAAGCUAGGGAUUUUGUAAAUCACUGAUACAUUUGUGGUAAGUUUGAGUAUAUUUAUUUGAGUAUAGGGAGAAAGUUAUUUUUUUUUUCGUGGCAGGUGAAAGGAACUUUUAUACUACAGUUCAGAUAUUUCUGACAUAUUUUCUCUUUCUGUAUAAAUAUGUUGUGCUUAUGGAUGGAAAAAAAGUUUGUGCUGAUUUUUUGGGAACCACUCUUUCACCAGCACCUUCCUUAUACAGAUGCUUGUUUCUCAGCAUAAGCCUGUCCUAAUUCUCAUGUCCACAGACCUGUUUCUCUCUGGACGUGAUGGGAACUCAAUGCUUUAGCUCUAGAACAGAGAUACUUUCUGGAAAGAAAGGCAAAUCUGAUUUUUUUUUUUGUGAGCCUUAAAUUAUUGAUGUGAUUUUCUUUCUACACAUUUUAAUGAGGUUGAAGGAAGAUUUCUUAGAAUUCCUUCCUUUGAUUUUAUCUUCAGAAAUAAAACAUUACCUUAUUGAGGGGA